CAAGUUGAUCGGUGUCGAGACAUCAUCCAGGUAUUCCGGAUCCACGCCCCGUGAGAGGCCGCCCUGUAUCCCCAUGCAGAUCCCGCAGGUGAAACCCCGGACAUACAAUAGAACGCAGCCUCCUGACGUCACUGUAGUCACCGCCUUUUUCAAUCUGGGGCCAUUCCAGAAAGGCACCGGAAGGAUAUUUAAUUCUAAAUUGUACAUGUCGUGGUCAGCAGUGUUCACACAUCUGCGAAAUCCUUUCAUCGUUUACACAGACUCGGUAGACAUUGCUGAAAGUUUCUCCAGAUGAGAGCCGGUAAGGAAGGUACAACGAAAAUAGUUCUGGUGGACAGAGAAAAGCUAUGGUCUUUCGGAUGGGUAGAGAGGAUCAAGCAAAUCUAUUCAAUCCCAGGAUACCCAAAGUUCCACCCGAACACAGUCGUGCCCGAAUACACAUGUGCUCAACACGCCAAAUAUGAAUUGACAGAACAAGCAGUUAAAAGUAAUCAUUUCAAUACCACUUAUUACACCUGGAUCGAUGUCGGUUAUUUCCGACUGAUCACUGAACGGAAGAAAGAGUUUGUUAUAGUAAAACCCCCAAAUUUUAACGAAUCACGCGUGGCCAUGAACCAAGUCUACGACGCGAACAUGGACACGCCCCCUGAGACUAUCUUCAAAGGAAACCAUGUGUGGAUUGGCGGUGGGUUUUUCUUCGGAUCUCAAGACACAUUGCCUUUGUUUAUAGCAGAUUAUCGACAGGCCGUCCAACGCUAUCUGGACAUGUCCCUCAGCUGUACAGACCAACAGGUACUAUUUUCAAUGAAUACGAACAAAGAAAAGCAUAUUGUUCAACAAAGAGUGCCUAUUCAGCGAUUUGUAAACGAUGUGCCUGGUGACUGUUGGUUUUUUCUGGGAUAUGCUUGUUACAGGGAAUUGUUACAGUGACGUGCAAAGAAACAUAUUCAUUUUUUUAAAUUCUAAAAACCAAAAUAUACAUUUUCAUGACACAGAAGUUGAUGCAUAUUUGUGUUAUGUUAUAAACAUGACAUCAGCGGGCUGUAAAUCUCGUGAAUUUCGAUUUAACAAACAGAGGAGAGUUUU